AUUUUUUCUUUUUUUUUUCUUCCAAAGGAUUUGUCUCAGGAAUUUAAAGCACAUUUAAGACACACACACACACACUCACAUAACAUAAGGAGGGGGGGAAAGGCUCUUCCCCUCCCCUUCUUGCAGAAAGCAUGGAAGAAAGCUCCAGUUCUCCUGUUUCCCCUGUGGAUAGCUUGGGGACCAGUGAAGAGGAGCUGGAAAGGCAGCCAAAGAGAUUUGGCAGGAAAAGAAGAUACAGUAAGAAGUCCAGCGAAGAUGGCAGCCCCAACCCAGGGAAGAGGGGGAAAAAGUCCAGUCCCAGCUCCCAGUCUUAUGAAGAACUGCAGAGCCAGAGGAUCUUGGCCAAUGUCAGGGAGAGGCAGAGGACUCAGUCGCUCAACGAAGCUUUCGCGGCCCUGAGGAAAAUCAUCCCCACGUUGCCCUCCGACAAGCUGAGCAAGAUCCAGACCCUCAAGCUGGCGGCCCGGUACAUCGACUUCCUCUACCAGGUGCUACAGAGCGAUGAGAUGGACAGUAAGAUGACGAGCUGCAGUUACGUGGCUCACGAAAGGCUGAGUUAUGCCUUCUCAGUCUGGAGGAUGGAGGGUGCGUGGUCCAUGUCGGCCUCACAUUAGCCACCGCCGGAGAGAGACCAGCACAGCCGCCAAAGGACUGACCAGUGUCUGAGACUGAAGUGGAAUUGGGACGUAUCCAAGUUUGUAGCUUCUGAAACCUUAACGACCUCAAGUAAACUGGUCCAAAAGACCCCUCUUGACCUCCCUCACUCUGAACUCUUGCAGAGCACUUAGACUGAGCAGGAGCCAGCACCAAAGCUAUGGGCCUGAACCUUCGCACCAUCUCUCCAAGUGACUGAUCACAGAGAAGCGAGAAGCAACAUUCCUGAUUGUUCAUCGUUGUUGGGUUUUGUGUGUGUGUCUGUCUGGGUGUUUCCUUUUAGUUCUUUAUGUUUUUGGUUUUUUUUUUCUUUCUCCUUUGCUGGAAAAAAAAAAUAAUAAUUCAGGAACACAUUUAUGAGACAUCUUUGGGUUCAGAUUUUAUUUCCCCUUUAGCUGUAUUCUUUGUUGUGUGCGCGACUAGUUUGUUAACGCUCAAAACCUGAUUUCUUGUGCAGUGAUGUCAAAACUGGACCAAGGCUCUCAGAAAAAGAAGGAAAAAAAAAAAAAAAAAGGAAAAAAACAAAAAAGAAAAACCACAAAAAAAAAAAAAAAGGAAUUAAAAAGGCCACAAUGUCCCCCAGCUCCCUGCAUGAUUUGUUACAAGUACAGCCUGGAUUACAGACUGCCCUCCACACUCUACUGCCUCUUCCUUAUUGCUCCAUGAUUUGCUACCACUCCUGACCCCCUUCCCCUUCCCUCAUCCCCCCCCCCCACUUUUUUGUUUUUCAUUUUCUGUUCCAGUGUAUAUGUUGCUUAUUUGUUUUAUUUAUUGAGAUAUUUUUAACGAGCUAAGAGACUGCAAUGUCGCUGUGUAUACUGCUUCUCUUGCCAUCAAAAAUAAAGAUGUCAUGCAGCUAC